UUCCGACAGGAAUUAUAGUUGAUAGCUAAAAGCUACCUGUGUUCUCAAACUGUAUCCGUUUCCUCUUCAUUUUAUUUGCAUUCCUAUACAAACAAGACCAGCUACUAUCUGAUCUUUAUCUAUAGUUUAGUUUCAUCUGUGGGCGCGUGGGAGGGCAAAAAGCAUGGAGAUGGAGGUACCGAAGGGGCAGGGGAAGGCAAGGAAGGGCGAGAAGAGAAGCAGGACAAGCGGCGGCACAACAUCGACGAUGGCAGUAAUGGUGGAGAGGAAGGAGGUGGAGAGGGAGAGGAGGCAGCACAUGAAGCAGCUCUGCACCAAGCUCGCCUCCCUCAUUCCAACAGAGAACUUCUCAUCCACUGAUACAAUGACUCAGUUAAGCAGCUUGGACGAAGCGGCGAAGUACAUUAAGAAGCUCAAGGAAAGGGUUGAUGACCUACAGCAAAGGAGGAGCUCUGUGCAGACCAUAGAUGCCUUAAGAGGUUUUGGUUGUGUCUCAGUGCCCACCACCACCACCAUGAGUGGCGGGGCGGGGUCAUCUAAGUUUCGAGCUGAGAAAGGGGCCUCGUCAAUGGUGGUGGAGGUGAGGCAACACGACGAUUCAAGCAUGGACGUGGUACUUAUAUGCAAUGCGGAUAGGCCCGUCAAGCUCAACGAGGUGAUUACUAUUCUUGAGGAAGAAGGUGCCGAGAUUGUGAACGCUAACCAUUCCAUCGCUGGCCUCAAAAUAUUCUACACCAUACACUCCCGGGUCUUUAGCUCAAGAAUUGGCAUAGAAGUUUCACGGGUUUAUGAAAGACUAAGAGCAUUGGUAUGAUGGUAAAUGGAUUUGUGCAAACUGUAUAUCAUAGAACUAUAUAUAAUGAACAUCCCAUGGACGGUAUAGGA